AUGAAGAUUAUCUCGGCCCUUCUCCCUUUAGUUCUCCUCCGGAAUGUGGCCACUGCCGCUCCCCUCAAUCAGAAUUCCGAAUUGGAAGUUGACAUGAGCCCCCAUGGGGCUGGCUUAGCUCUGGCCAGUUUGGAGAAGCGAGCCGAUUGCCAUAGAAUCCUCAAUAAAGUCUACGCGGCUGUCACUAGUGCAGGAUUUAUUAUUUUCGUCAAUGGCGUGACAGGCAUCACAAAGCGAGUUUGCAAGAUAGAAGGCUCCGAAAAGUGCGAGGACUAUGCCGAUCUCAUUUCCGAUGGCAUCAACCUCAUCUGGCUGGCCGGUGCUGCCUACAAGCACGGCUCAGCGGCAGUUUCCACCGGGCAGGAGCUGAUUGACAGCGCUGCUGGCGCGCGUCGGUCAGUCGUGAACGAAGACUAUACCUCACUCCUGCUCGAGGGUCUAAGCGAGUAUGGCUUCAGCUAUACUUCUUAUGAAAAUGCCACUCUACCAGCCAGCGGGCUAAGGGCACGAGACGAUGAACCGGCCUUGGUCAGUCGGGUCGUUCUGCGGAAUUUGACAUCCUCUGAAAAUCCGAGGGGACACGAUGUGGCCAUCCACCAUUAUGAUGAUGGGGCUGGGCAGCUCCAUCUGCCAACCUACGGCCAGAGCAUGGGCGACUCGACCGGCGACUCAGACUUGCAUAAGCGAUUCAACGGUGCAGGCUUCAAAAUUGCAUUCACAUCCAGGCCCACUUCGACCCCUAACCGAUCAAAUGAAGCGGCAAUCUCCAAAGCUAUCGGGCACAGUUGGGCGCAAAAGGCCCAAGCAAACGCCAACGAAAUUAUCGGCUUUGUCAAGACCUCCGACAAAGCGAACUUUUACUAUCGCAUUAUUCCGGAACUUCAAGGCUUCGGCACGAACUACGAAAGUGUGGAUGUCUGUGGGGGAAUGGCAAGUUAUUUGGUCCUCUAG